CUUUCGAUAAGUGUUUUCAAUCGUCAAACGUAUGACUCAAUCAUUAGUAUUAUUGUUACAAAAAUUACUGCAUUUUUUGUCUUCAAAUGCAUUCAUUGUUUCAAUGAUUUCGUCAAUCGUUUCAUUCAUUGAUUGCAUUUAUGAAUGAAUAUAACAACGAGUGUUAACUAUAUGUGUGAUUGGAUUCAAUGUAUUGAUUGUGCAGUGAAAUGCCCGACCAUUUGACACCAGAAGUGGGCAGUAAUGCGAGCCAUCAGAUGAGUGCGAGUAAACUGUCAGCCAAUCGGUCGACGAGUUGUUCCGGUCCUUCUUCGCCACAAAACAUUGAUUUCAAUAAAUUAGAAACCAAUUUGUCUACAAAUCCUAUUUUGAUGGCCAAUGAGUUCAAAGUUUAUAACCAAAAGUCUUAUCCCGUGGUCUACGGGGAGCUCGUUAUACUCGGAUAUAAUGGAGGCCUUCCUCAAGGAGAGAGAGGUCGACGGAAAAGCAAAUAUCUGUUAUAUAAGAGACCCAAUGCUAACGGAAUUAAGAAAUCCAAACACUAUGUCGUGAAACAGCCACAAUCGACACGAGCCAUUCAAGACAAGGCUCAGCACUCGAUUUCAUACACUCUCUCCAGAUCUCAAGCAAUUAUAAGCACUAUAUCUCGUUUUGCUUGUCGUAUACUCAUCGAGCGGUCGCCCCCUCAUAGGGCCCGCAUAUACGCCGCCGGCUUUGAUUCGUCACGAAAUAUAUUUUUAGGCGAAAAGGCAACGAAAUGGCAACAGAACGGGGAAAUCGAUGGUUUGACCACAAAUGGAGUGCUAAUAAUGCACCCAAAGUCGAAAUUUUCCAAUUGUUCGCCGUGUGAGGCACCGAAUCCACAGUUAGGAGGCGUUUGGAGAGAGGUAUCGGUUUGCGGUGAAAUAUAUUCUGUUCGCGAGACCCGUUCGGCCGCUCAGAAGGGAACCAAAAUCGAUAACGAGAGCAAUGUCUUGACUGAUGGCACUCUCAUCGAUCUGUGCGGUGCGACUCUACUGUGGCGCUCAUCCGAAGGACUCACCACUUCUCCCACGAAGAAGCACUUGGAAGAGAUGAUCGACGAACUCAAUGCCGCCCGACCUCAAUGUCCUGUAGGUCUCAACACACUUGUGAUACCCCGAAGAAGUGGGUCUCUGAGCGAAGCCGACAAACAGCCCUACGUUUACCUGCAUUGCGGUCACGUUCAGGGACUGCACGAUUGGGGUCAGAACCGCAACACCAACGGUCGCACCUGUCCCAUGUGCCUCGACAUCAGUCCCGUCGCCAAACUCACUAUGGGAACCGAGCCCUCCCUCUACGUGGACACUGCGAAGCCUAACUUUGCGUUCAACCCGUGCGGUCACAUGACUUCAGAUAAAACUGCGAGGUACUGGUCUCAAGUGCCUAUACCUCACGGCACCAAUGGUUUCAUAGCGAUCUGUCCCUUCUGUGCCACGAGAACCGAAGGGUUCGUUCGCCUCAUAUUUCAGGAUCACGUCGACUGAACUCAUAUUUUCUUAAUUUAUUAAAUUUGUUUUGUAUUCAAAUCAUGGAUCACAACAUUUUGCAGCAAACAUACUGUGAUUUAAAUCAUUAUUUGUCGCUAAUUGUCAUUAAAUGGAUAUUUUAAUAACACAAUGGUUUCGUCGCCUAAAUUGGAUGAAAAUAUACCGUAUUUUUGCUCUUUUAAAGCAUACAACAAAUCAUUGAUAUUUAAUUAAUAUAUUAUAUAAUUUUGAAGACAUUUUCCUUUUAAUUAGUGAUUUUUAUUUGAAAACUAUUUCACUUCUACUUAAAACAAAUCAUUGAAAUAACAAAUUUUUACCGC